AUGAUUAGACUGGUGAAUAAAGAGGCAAGGGAGAGUCAUGACCAUUCCGUGUACCAGCCCACGUCGGCCAGCUCUCCAGUCAUCUGCCCGGACGGCCAAGAUUGGUGCAGCGACGCUGCGGGCUACCCCCAUGCCACCCAUGACCUGGAGGGACCACCUCUAGAUGCCUACUCGAUUCAAGGACAACACACCAUUUCUCCGUUCGAUCUGGCCAAACUGAACCAGGUGGCAAGACAACAGUCUCACUUUGCCAUGAUGCACGGCGGGACCGGAUUCGCCGGAAUUGACUCCAGCUCUCCAGAAGUGAAAGGCUAUUGGGCAAGUUUGGAUGCAUCUACUCAAACCACCUAUGAACUCACCAUUCCAAAUAACUUAAUUGGCUGCAUAAUCGGGCGCCAAGGCGCCAACAUUAAUGAGAUCCGCCAGAUGUCCGGGGCCCAGAUCAAAAUUGCCAAUCCCGUGGAAGGCUCCUCUGGUAGGCAGGUUACUAUCACUGGUUCUGCUGUCAGUAUUAGUCUGGCCUAGUGUCUAAUCAAUGCCAGGCUUUCCUCCGAGAAGGGCAUGGGGUGCAGCUAGAACAGUGUAGGUUCACUUAAAACCCCUUUCUGCUGUUUUCCCAUGAUCCAACUGUGUAAUUUCUGGUCAGUGAUUCCAGGUUUUAAAUAAUUUGUAAGUGUUCAGUUUCUACACAACUUUAUCAUCCGUUAAGAAUUUAAAAAUCACAUUCUCUGUUCAGCUGUUAAUGCUGGGAUCCAUAUUUAGUUUUAUAAGCUUUUCCCUGUUUUUAGUUUUGUUUGGGUUUUUGGCUCAUGAAUUUUAUUUCUGUUUGUCGAUAAGAAAUGUAAGAGUGGAAUGUUAAUAAAUUUCAGUUUAGUUCUGUAAUGUCAAGAAUUUAAAAAUUAAAAAAUGGAUUGGUUAAAAAAUGCUUCAUAUUUGAAAAAGCUGGGACUACUAUCUUAAA